UUUAAGAUUGCAAACCUCUGCUUAUUGCCAAAGAAAAAAAAUCCAACUUUUUCCAUCAAUCUUUUUACCGUUUUUGUUCAAAUGUCAGAAAAACUUUCGUACUUGAAUGAGCCUUUGCUACACGAGUGGGAGCAUCGUGAGUUCGGGCAUGCCACAGAUGAGGAGAAAGUCAUAGCCUCACAUCCUUCUACGGAAAAUACUGCAUCCUUCUUUGGCACCUGCCUUAAUGGACUCAAUGCAAUAUCAGGUGUUGGCAUACUCUCAGUUCCAUAUGCUCUUGCAUCUGGGGGCUGGUUAAGCUUGGUUCUUCUGUUUGCUAUUGCCACUACAGCGUUUUACACAGGCAUGUUGAUUAAAAGAUGCAUGGAUAAGUAUUCGAACAUUAGAACCUACCCUGAUAUAGGUGAACUUGCAUUUGGAAAGACAGGAAGGUUAAUAGUAUCAGUGUCCAUGUACACCGAGCUCUACUUAGUUUCAAUAGGGUUCUUGAUUCUUGAAGGAGAUAACUUGAGUAACUUAUUCCCCAUUGGAGAGGUUCAGAUAGCUGGCUUAGCAAUUGGUGGGAAGCAAUUCUUUGUGAUAGUGGUUUCUCUUAUCAUCUUGCCCACAGUUUGGUUGGAUAACUUAAGUCUACUUUCUUAUGUAUCCGCAAGUGGAGUGUUUGCUUCUGCUUUCAUCAUCCUCUCUAUUUCAUGGACUGCAACAUUCGAUGGAGUUGGUUUUCAUCAAAAGGGAACUUCUGUUAAUUGGAACGGAAUCCCCACAGCUGUUAGCUUAUAUGCCUUUUGUUAUUGUGCACAUCCUGUCUUUCCUACCUUGUACAAUUCCAUGACAAACAAACACCAGUUCUCUAAUGUCCUACUUCUAUGCUUUCUCUUAACCACUGUGGGUUAUGCAUCCAUGGCUAUAAUUGGUUAUCUAAUGUUUGGUGCUGACGUUGAAUCACAAAUAACAUUAAACCUGCCACUGAACAAAGUAAGCUCAAAAUUAGCAAUAUAUAUUACCUUGGUCAAUCCCAUAUCCAAGUAUGCUUUGAUGGCAACUCCAAUUACCAAUGCUUUGAAAGACUUGCUUCCAAGUACAUACAAGAAUAGAGUGACCAACAUCUUAGUGAGCACUGUCAUGGUAAUUGGUACUACCAUUGUUGCCCUUGUUGUUCCUUUCUAUGGCUAUCUCAUGUCCCUGGUUGGAGCGUUUCUAAGUGUCACGGCCUCUAUUUUGCUUCCAUGCUUCUGCUACUUGAAGAUUUCAGGCAGUUACAGGAGAUUUGAGUGUGAGACAGUAAUCAUAGUAAUAAUAAUAAUACCAGCUAUAGUAAUGGGAAUAUCAGGGAGCUACAACUCUGUCAUGGAAAUAGUCCACCAAUUGUAAUUGACAAUGCUGUGGUCCAUUCUUACGACAAAAAAAAAAAAGUCCUCAA